AUUAUUCCAUUACCAACCUCACAACACAAACACAAACACAAACACAAACCCAUCCUCUUCUCUUUUCAUAUCCCACCCCAUUUCUCUCCUCUCUUCCUCUCAAUCCAUCAAUUAUUUUCAUUCCUCUCAUCAUCAUGGCUCACAAAAUUAAAAAAGAAGAAACCGAAUUCAAGGUUCCUGAAACCAAAACAACACCGUGCACCGCCACCACCGCAGCUACCUCGAUCUCAGAACCGUCUAGAUUCUUUGACGAUAAGGCCACCGCUAACGCAACCGUCACCGCAACGCCAGCACGAUCUCCUAAGAGAUCUCACCCUCCAGAUGAUGAGGAAGCACAAGGAACAACCCAAACGACGCCGUCGGAGGCCAAACGCGCGGUCAACCGCUGCUCCGGGUGUCGUCGGAGGGUCGGUUUAACCGGAUUCCGCUGCCGAUGCGGGGAGCUUUUCUGCGCCGACCACCGCUACUCCGACCGUCAUGACUGCUCCUACGACUACAAAGCCGCUGGACGAGAAGCCAUCGCGAGGGAGAAUCCUGUCGUCAGAGCAGCGAAGAUCAUCAAGCUCUGAUGAUGAAAUCGAAGAAAAACAACACGAAACGGCAACACCGGUUGUCGUUUUUACGAUCGCUAUUACAAUUAUUUGUGGAAGCUGAGAAGUCUUUGUCGGAAAAAAAAGAUUAACUUCUCUGUGAUCUCGUGUUCGAUCGUGCUUCGAUCUUUUUUUUUUUCAUAAUUUCUAAAUUUUUAUGUAUUUUUAGUUUGGUUUGGAAAUUUAUAAAUUUAUUUUGAUUA